UAUAUAUAAAAGUAGAGAUCACGAGCUGUCUCCAAAUUUCAGAGGGCUCUCGUCUCUGCUACGAUUAGAGAAGGAAAAGCAACCCUGUCGAAUUUCAGAGGGCUCCCAUCUCUGCUACACUUAGAGAAGGAAACGUCACCCUGUGAUUUAGAUUUUAUUUAGAACUCAAAACAGAUUACCGGAUCAACCAGUGCAGAUCAAGGUCGCCAUAACUGAAGGUUUUCGAACUUUUUACCAACGCAGAAAUGGCGGCUCCUCUUCCAAUUAAAGAUUGGAUAAGACUGAAAACUAUAGGGAAUGGCUCUUAUGGAUGUGUGAGUCUUGCUCGAAACUUGGAAGAUGGCCAUUUGUUUGCAGUAAAGUCCGCAACCUAAAACAAUGAAGAGUUUCUCGAAUCUCUAGAGAGAGAAAUCCAGGUACUCAAGAAUCUGGAUUCUCCCUUUAUAGCGAAUUGCCUUGGCCAGUGCUACGAUGAAGAAGGAAGGGUGAAUAUCUUCACGGAGUACAUGGAGGGUGGUGAUUUGUCCUCACUAUCAAUGAGCUGCAAGGGAUUGCCAGAAAUAGCCAUUAAAGCUUACACGAACUCCAUGCUCAGAGGUCUUCAAUAUCUUCAUGGCAACGGAAUUAUUCAGUGUGAUAUUAAAGCAAAGAAUGUGCUCUUGGGGUGCUUAGGCGAAGUCAAACUCGCCGAUUUUGGUGCUGCAAAGAGGGUCCCUAGUGAGCUUCUUGAUAUUCACCCCGGGACUUUGGGGUGGAUGGCCCCUGAAAUUUUUAGGAAGGGGGAACAGGGCAUGCCCUCAGAUAUAUGGUCCCUCGGUAGUACAGUUGUGGAGAUGGCUACAGGGAAGGUGCCAGAAUUAUCACCAAAAAUACUCAAACUCACUGGAAUUUCAGAUUGCAGCCUUGAUUUUCUAGAGAAGUGUUUCAUGCGAGAGCCAUCAGAAAGGUGGACAGCUCCUCAGUUGCUUCACCACCCCUUUUUGGCCUCUGCACACUCGAACGUAACCCUAUUUUCACCAACUACUGUACUCGACAAUUUAUGGAGUCCUCAACGAAAAGAGUGGACUGAUGCCUUAACAAGUUCCAGAGGUUUUGACAAACACCAGAGAUGCAUAACCCUAACAAGUUAUAAUGAUUUUGAUGAAGAACAGACAAUUGACACCCUAAAAAGUUACAGAGCUUCGCAAGCAAUGCAGAGGAUCAAAACCCCCCCCCCCAACAAGUUGCAGAGAUUUUGACCAAGAGAGGUGGGAGACCGAGGACCGGCUAACAUUGUGAUCGCCAAUGGCUGGAGAACUUCGUGUGUUUCCUUGCGCCUGAGAACAUGUUUUCUGAUGCUCCUUUGGCUAUUUGCCUCGGGGUAAGAUGUGAGAAUUUUGAGUUUGGAAGGGGUUUAUGUUUAUAAACAGUGUCCUAGUGCCAAAUUCAUGUGGCCAUUUUAUUGUGUCAUUGUAGAUAUAUGUUUCCUCUUACCCACGGUGAGACACUUGAAUUCGUUGUUUAAAUUGGAAAGAUAAAUUUUUAUAGGUUCAGUUACAAGAUAGGUGUAACCCACACUGGAUGACUGUAUAGUGUUGUUAUUUACUAUUUAUGUAAUGAAAAUAGUGG